AUGAUACGUCCUCUGCAGGUUGAGUGGCUUUCAGCUUCGGAAGAGGCGUGCGACUUGCUUUUCGACGAUACAACGGAACCAUUUGAAGCGAGCGCACUCACAUGUGCGGAAAGGGAAAAUUAUUUCCAUGAAAAACACGAUGAAAUCAACUUAGAAGAGAAAAGGAGAAGCGACGUUUCCGUAAACGCAUUUCAAGCAGAAGCACGAGGAAUAGAAACAUCUCAGGUUGACCAAGAGUUUACUACCACUACAGCAACGAUGGGAGUUUUUCUCGCAACAAUCCAUGACUACACAGAAACAUUUCUGUACGAUGAAGAAGAGGCGUUCUUUAUACUGUGUGAUGAAGACACUGAAGAAUUUCCGUGCGAAGAUUUUGACGAAACUGGUCGUCACUCAGAGUCCACUCUCAGUACUAACCAUCUACCGUGUGCACCUGCAAGUAUCAAUGUUCACAAGUCAGAAAUACAAGAAACUGCUAAUACAGACAAUUGCACACUCAUAACAAUCGAGAUUCCUACAGCGGAAUAUUUAUCGGACGAUGUCGAGAAGACAUGCCCUCAGGACACGUGGCAGUCACGUGAACUGAAUGACGCCACACAUGACGUCACUGAGGGACAGACCAACCACACAACUCAGGAACUUGUUCAAGUAGUUCACGAAGACUUUCAAGAAGCUCGUAACACCACAGAACCUUCUGAUCUUGAAGCCUUGGUCCCAGAACUUGAAAAUCAUCUCAAGGAGACAGACGAAAAGCUACUGAAGUCUCAGGAACACUUUGAAGUGGUUAAUGAAGACUUUCGAAUAACUGAUAAGUCCACAGAACAGUCUGAUCUUGAAGCCUUGGUCCCAAAACUUGAGAAGCAUUUCAAAGAGACAGAAGAAAGGCUACUGAAGUCUCAAGAACACUUUCUUGACACCUUAGAUGGUCACGGAAGGGACUCUUCCUUCUUGAUAUCACUGCCAUCAUCUCAAACAACAGACAAUGGAUAUGACAGCACCUUGGCAGAACAUUCUGGACAGGCAAGUGACAAUGAUAUCUUCAUGUUGCCAUACAGUCAGCAAAACAAGACAGUUACUGAAACACUUGCAGACAUGAAUGAAAUCAUUUGCAUCAAAGGAACAGGCGAGGGAAGUGAUGAAGUUCCUUUGAGAUCCUCUUUAAGGUGUGCAGCGAAUCCUCAGUCAACUCCGAAGAAACAAGUCCGCUUCUCAGAAAAACUCAUCAUAGAACUGGACAAAUUUGGAGAUUUUCAGAACAGCAAGGUGGUUGACAUAUCUGAGGGAACACCCAUCGAAAAGCUUUCUGGGAAAUUUGACGACAUUUGUGACAAAGGAAGAACUUUCUUCAGGAAAACUGUUCUGAAGAAAGAUUUCAACGACAACACUGACGAGUUCAAACCGCCCGUACUACAGAGGAGAAGCAGGAAAAAUCGCUGGCGACGAAAAACUGCUUCUCUCUCCGCUUCCAGAAAACAGCUGGUGUACUCGGCACAGUCAGUUGGGACACUUUGGCUGUGAAUCAUGGGGUUUAAAUAGUUAGAAUUUUGCAAUUACAAAGUUAACUACAAAGGCAACAUUUCAAAGCAAAUGCAUUCUGUUUACCUUUGUAUAUGGUCUGAUUUGUUAUUUCUUACUCAAACACAUUCCUAUAUAUGGUGCUGACAGGAAUCUAAAUCACUCCUGCUAUACAA